AACUUGACUACCUCACUCCACCUCACCACUUCAUUAUUCCCUCCCUCCCUCAUCCUCCUCUUCUUCACUCCAUCCCAUCUCACCUCGCAUCACCUCCGCCGCCGCGCCACCCCCAAGCGCACAGCUCACAAGCGCCCUCAUCGUCAGCUCCCCUGUCGUCAAUCAGCCCCAAUAGCCGUGCGCUUAUUGUUGAUUCCACAUCGCAGCAACCUCUUAAUACUUCCACCUCACCCGAGACUUCCUCAACAUCCACCAACACCAUGGCCGAACAACCCAUAUCGCAACCGCAACCGCAACAGCCGCAGCCGCAGAUACAGCCACAGACAGAUGCCAACGGCGCGCAAGGAGUCGGAAACGGUCCCCAGGUCAUCAGCACAUCCAAUGGCCUCGAAGUCAUCGUCGGGCCGCUCCUCAACUACAGGCGCAUGAGCAAUGAACAGACCGGACAGCCAAUCUGGCACGGCAGCGUGCUCAUCGUGACAAAACCCGGCCAACAAGGUCCCAGCCUCACUCUCUCACCCGCCGGAGCAGUAAACCCACAAGAGGGCAACCAGCAGUUCUCCGUCUCCGGCAGCACCAGGUACGCCGGCGAGAAGCUGUACGAAGAUCCCAAUAAGGCGUUCUGGCGCUUCACCAUCGAGCUGCCAUUCCAGCAAUUCGAGUCGCGGUGGGAGUACUCGAUCGAGGGCUUGAGGUACGUCGACGAGAAGAAGACCGACAAGCCCCAGACGUUUGCGGUCCCCUCCGUCCACCAGUCCAUGCGCAUCAUGUUCCACUCUUGCAACGGCUUCAGCGUCGGCACCGACAUCGACGCCUGGUCGGGCCCCGCGCUGUGGAACGACGUCCUCCGGAUGCACGAGCAGAAGCCGUUCCACGUCAUGAUCGGAGGCGGCGACCAGAUCUACAACGACGGCGUGCGAGUGGAUGGUCCCUUGAGGCCGUGGACUGACAUCGGCAACCCGCACAAGCGACGCGAAUACCCCUUCAACGAGAAGAUGCGCGCGGACUGCGACGAGUACUACUACAACAACUAUGUGCGCUGGUACGGCCAGAAGCCGUUUUCCACCGCCAAUGGACAGAUUCCGCAGGUCAACAUCUGGGACGACCACGACAUCAUUGACGGAUUCGGUUCGUAUACCGACCACUUCAUGAAGUGCGCUGUCUUCCGAGGCAUUGGAGGUGUCGCGCAUAAGUACUAUCUGCUGUUCCAGCACCACAUUGCGCCUCCCAAGAGUACGUUCACUACGGAUGCGCCAGCUACCACGGCCGUCGGCCCAGAGGGCACGCCUGCGGAUCCUGCGCAGCUCAAGUCGACCUGGGUCAAGACCGACGAUGCUAAAGAUCCAUCCUACAUCAUCGGCCAUAAGCCUGGUCCUUAUGUCGAGGAGACGAGCAUGAACAUCUACUGCCAGCUCGGUGCGCGCAUUGCAUUUGCUGGUAUUGAUGCUCGGACGGAGCGUACCAGGCAUCGUAUCAACUACCCUGAGACCUACAAGCUGAUCUUCGAUCGCGUCAACAAGGAGUUGGCAGCUAACAAGGAGAUCAAGCAUCUUAUUCUGUUGCUCGGUGUCCCAAUUGCGUACCCCCGUCUGCAGUGGUUGGAGAACAUCUUCUCCUCCCCCCUCAUUGCGCCCAUCAAAUUCCUGAACAAGCGUUUCGGAUUCGGUGGAAGCUUGUUCAACCAGUUCGACGGCAACGUCGAUCUCCUCGACGACCUGGACGACCACUACACCGCGCACCAGCACAAGCACGAGCGCAGAGACCUCAUCCACAUGCUUCAGAACACCGCAAAGAAGAACAACGUGCGCGUCACCAUCCUCGGCGGCGACGUGCAUCUCGCCGCCAUCGGCCGCUUCUACUCGAACCCCAAGCUCGCGAUCCCCGCCGAACACGACUUCCGCUACAUGCCCAACGUCGUCAGCUCCGCCAUCACCAACAAGCCGCCCCCGCAGGCCGUCGCCAACCUCCUCGCCAAGCGCAACAAGAUCCACCACCUCGACCACGACACCGACGAGACCCUCCUCGAGAUCUUCGACCGCGACCCGAACAGCAACGGCAAAAUCACCAACGGCACCACCCCUACCAACGGCGUCACCAACGGUAACACCACCACCAACGGAGCCACCACCACCACAAACGGCGAGCCCGCCCCCAACCCACCAAACCACACCCCAACCUCAGACAUCAAAGUCGAAAAGAAGACCGCCGACUCCAACCACGCGACAAUGCCCUCCCGCAACUACGCCAUCAUCGCCGAGUCCAACCCUUCCCCCAUCCUCCCCCCUCCCUCCUCAACCCUCCAACCCCCCGCCUCCGCAAACGCAAACGCCCCCUCCAUAACCGGCGGUCCCGCCUCCUCCAUCGCCCCCUCCACCGUCUCCCAGCCCCCCGAGCGCAAAGCCAACGCAAGGAAGCCGAUUCACAACGGCGAGCAGGGGGCCGGGACCACGCAUCCUGCGGCGAGUGGGUUGCGGGCGACGGGGCUGUGUGGGCCGUACGGGCUGGAUGUUACGAUUAGGGUUGAGGUGGCGCCGAGUGAUAGGGAGGGGCAUACGGAUGGGUAUGGGUUUAGUAUUCCGGCGCUCGAGGGCGGGGAGGGGUUUAAGGAGCAGGGGAGUCGGUGGUAGAGUUUUGGUUAGUUGUCGUUCAUGAGGAGGAUAUGUGUGUUCGUGUUCGUGUGUGUGUGGUUGAGUGAUGAGAGGAGGAAGGUGGAAAAGGAAAGGAAAGGAUACCCUUGUCAUCUUUUGUCUUAUGUUUUCUUUAAUGGUACUUCGAUUCUCUAUACUGGAAGUUGUUAGUUUUUGAAAAAUCCUAAUACUGUUUUCGGAAUCAUUUUGGUUUUUUGUUUCCUUUCUGUUUCAAUGAGAUGAGAGACUCGUUAUUGGUUUAAAGGAAAGACUAUCGUUUUUUUUUGGUUAAAGAGAGGUCUUCUCAUGAUCUUUUGGAAAAGUACCAAUUCAAUAUAUUUACUGAUUUAUUUGAGUACCAGAACUUCAAGGGGUC